UUUGAAAAGUUUAACGUGAAUUAAGGAGCUAAAUGAGAUAAGGAGCCUGAAGAACAUCAGUUGACUGCAGGGUGAGGAAGGACACAAAAAACACAGCAGGUAAGAACUGGGGGUUGUUGCCAAGAAGGAACUGUUCCAGGUGGUGCAGCAAAAAGGAGCUCAGUGUUGGAGAUCUGUUUCCUCAGACUUCCAAUAGUGCUCAAGCUUGUCUUCCUCCAUCAGUUUCCAGAGGAGUGAUUUUUCAGAGCUUCUAAAGGUGCGACUAAUCCUUUUAUCAGCUUGCUUAACAUAUUAAAGUCCUCUGGGUCUUAAGUGAUGGUGCUUAAUUCGAAUUUAAGACUAUUAGUAAGCACAUCACCAGUCUUACCCCUCCCUGAGUAAAACCGAUGAGACGCGGAACCAAGGCAACGUUAUGGCGGUCUAUCCAGAGAGCUGCGUGGAUAGCUCCGUGCUGGACUUCGUCGCAGACUUGUCCUUGGCCACUUCGGGGCACCCUCUUCUCUGUGACUUCGCGCCCGGGGUCCGCUUUGGGGACCAAGACUUUGCACUCCGAGAGGAUAGACCCAGGAGGUUGGCGCGCUUUGAGGAGGGGGGCCCAGUAGAGGAGGAGGGAGAAGAAGAGGAGGAGGAGGAGGAGGAAGAAGAGGAGCAUGGAAGAAACCCCUCCCUGCUGUGCCGCCCCAAGAGGAAAAGGGUGAUCACAUUUGCCCAGCGCCAAGCCGCCAAUAUCCGCGAAAGGAAGAGGAUGUUCAACCUCAAUGAGGCCUUCGACCAACUGCGGAGAAAGGUGCCCACUUUUGCUUAUGAGAAGAGGCUGUCCAGGAUCGAGACUCUACGUUUGGCUAUCGUCUACAUUUCCUUCAUGACUGAGCUCUUAGAGAACGGCGAGAAGAAGGAAACGGGCUGAGCCGGGGUGGGAUGGCGGUAUCUGUCCCCUCGUCGCCUGAGAGUGCGCUGGCUGGGGUGUUUCUGGACCCCCCGCAGUGGAGAAAGCUGACAGGCCAGGCGGGGCGCUCCAAAUCUAAGUCUCUCUUUCUGGAGCUUGAUUCUAGAUUGCAAAAUCCCUUCUGCCCUUGAGAAGCAGCAGCGUAGAGUUACUGUAUAUGCGACUUCCUUAAACCAGUUUCAAUCAGGAGCGAAGCGAGCAAGUUAGAGCAGUUUGCCUAACCCAGCGCACUGAAGUAUCUUAUACAGUCGGAGUAGAUGGGAAGCUAAUCCUCUUCGAAAAUGGUAGCGUUAGGGGUUU